AUGUUCAGAAACAACGCUCUUGUGUCUGCGCUGCAGGGAGGCCAGCGUUACUCGAGACGCCCCUUAUCGAGCAUCCCCAUUGGAUCCGAGGAGUACACCUCCCAGACGAUGAAGCGGAAGCCUGUGGAGUACCUCUCGUGGAAGUCGUUUGUUUUGUUUCUUGCCGUCGGUACCGGAUUGACCUUUUUGUUCCGCUCGGAGAAGGAGAAGUUGCAGCUCCGUAAGGAGGCGGAGGCGAACAGAGGAAUCGGGAAACCGCUCAUUGGCGGGCCGUUCAACUUGAUCACGGAGAACGGCGAGCCCUUCACGGAGAAGAACUUGCUCGGCAAGUUCAGCAUUAUCUACUUCGGCUUCACUCACUGUCCUGACAUCUGCCCGGACGAGCUCGACAAGCUCGGAAUCAUGCUCAACGAGCUUGAGAAGAAGGGCGUCCAGGUGCAACCGAUCUUCAUUACUUGUGACCCGGCCAGAGAUACCCCCGAAGUGCUCAAGGAAUACCUAAGCGAGUUCCACCCAUCCAUUGUCGGCUUGACAGGCGACUACGACGAGGUAAAGAAGUGCUGCAGAAACUACCGGGUCUACUUCAGCACGCCCCGGGACCUCAAGCCGGGACAAGACUAUCUCGUCGACCACUCCAUCUUCUUCUACCUCAUGGACCCAGAGGGCGAGUUCAUCGACGUAUUGGGCAGAAACUAUGACGCAGACGGCGCAGUCCAGAAGAUCGUCAAGGACGUGCGUGCUUACGAGCCACGUGAAGUCCGUGAACAGAAGAAGGAGGGUCUUUUUGGCUUUUUGUACAAAUAG